AUGUUGACAGGAAAUCAAUUAAACUAUCGAAUUGGGAUAGUUCACUCACCUCACACGGCUUUCUGGCUAGCCCGCAGCUAACGCUUUAGCUAAAACUAUCUCAGCUGGAGCGUUAGCAAUUAUUAGGCUAAUUUACGAUUAGCUCGCCUGCUAACAUAGGUAGUCGGCGGUAACAUGUUUUGUUUCCUUCUCUAACACGCUGCUUAAAGUCGGGAGAACGCUAUGGACCUCCACAAAAUUAUCCAUGGUGCCCUGCACGAAUUCAUUCAGACAUUCAUCCCUGAUGCAGAUCUCAGCACACUGGAUGAUGUUCUCCUUUCUUAUAUCACUGGGGUCUUGGAGGAUCUGGGCUCCCAGGAGAGUGUGGAGGAGAACUUUGAUGUGGAGGUCUUUGCUGAAAUGCUAGAGGCCUACAUACCUGGCUUUGCUGAAAUUGACAGUGUCAAAGUCUGUGAAAUGAUGUUCAAUUUGGCUUCUAAAUUAGCCACAGCCCGGAACUCAGUUGACACAGAAAACAGUGUGCCUAAGGCAGGGACCAAUGAGAUUCCAUUGAAACUCACAUCACUGGCGACUGGACCUCCACCAGGGAGAGACACGCACUGCCUUAAUGCGCAGACAGAGGGCGCCACUGCCAAGGUGCCGCUGUCUGAGUGGGAGGCACAGGAACAGCACCUGCUGGAGAUGUUUCCCAAGUGCAGUCUGUCAGAGGCCCGCAGCGCCCUGUCUAUCGCAAAGGGAGACAUGGAGGAGGCCGUGCGCCUUAUCAUAGAAGGGGAUGUCCAGCUCAGCCCCACUCCUCUUAAUGUAAACCAUGGGAAGGGUAUGUCCUCAGUUGCUGACCAGAAACUUAAAGAGAGCAUCCUGGAGAAGUACAUGCUAGUAGACAGGGAAGAUGACAAGAAAACACACAGACCUGUUGCCCCCAAAGAUGCCCCAAAGAAGCUUGUUCGGUACCACAGUAACCAGGUGGUAACCACGAAAGGGGAGCGAUACCAGCUUGUGAAGAAAGAAGAGACUGAUGACAUGAAAAAGACAUACGUCAGUCUCAAGCCUGCACGGAAAUACAGAUUCCAUUGAUGAUUGAGACAUCACUAUAAGAGCAGCUAUUGACAUUAUUGUUUACAUUAUUCUUUAAUUUAUUCCUUUGUUUGGGCCUGAAUUUGUUGGAUAUUUUACUCAAGCAAAAAGAAGAUAUUUGAUAGUAUAUCAGUGGCUUAUUUAACAGAUUUGUUACAGUUAUCUGCCUUGGUUAAAUACGUCUCAUCGCAGUGUUUUAUUUGCAGCACUGUUCACCUAACCCUGGGGGUGUUGGUAUUUUGUGUGACAUUUUGGUGGGGAUAUCAUAGCUUGUGUACAUGUUUGUGUAAUGUACCAACUCUUAGUCUAUCUACUUUUUGCCAUUUCAGCGGGUCUGACAUUGCACUGACAUACUUUUCUUUGCUCCGGGUUUCCAUUUGUUUGUAUUUUCCUAAACUGAUUAUGUGGUAUGAUGGCAACAGACUAAUCAAAGUAUUUUAAUUGCUGUAAAUAGCUAGUUUCUUUAUAGUGGUGCUGUAGACCUCGCUCUGGACAUUACAGUUCUUAACCUUUUUGAUGUUAGGUAAUUCACGCAUUGAACCCGUUUUUCAUUCAAAGUUCUAUUUUUUCAUCAUAGAAAUUAUUGGCAUGAUAAUUUGGGUGGAGGACUGUAAAGUAUCAACAGACAAGUGCUGCUUGAGGACUUGAUUUUAAAGUUGUUUAAAGUCAGAUAAGUUCAAUCAAACAGCAUUGUCUUUAUUUUUGAUAUAGAUGUUUAGAUUUGCAAAGUUUUAAACUGUUUAAGGAUUUAUUGUGAUGAGUGCUUUUAGGUGCUCGCAGGGUCUGUUUACAUAAGGUUACUAAAAUGGUCCCCUCUCAGUAACGUUCCAUCCUCAUCUGUGUUUUCAGUGACUUUGCUUGUGAUUGUGAAAACUUUAAUUAUGACUCGAUUCUAGGUUUAAAUGUAAAUUAGGACAAAUUGGUUGUUAAUUAGAAUAAGUUUUGCCAAGUUAUACUGCUGUAUUUUGUGUUGUCUUAUGCAUCCAUUUGGAGCAAACUAUUGGCAGUUUUCGGUUGGUAUAAAAUAGAGAAUUAGUUUUUCUGAGUGUAGGUGUAACACAAGUGUUGAAAAGUUAUGUUGAUACUGAUACUUUUGUCAUUAUCGGCAACGGUGUUGUCUUUAAUUACUGUAAGUAAUAUGAUGGUGUUACUGUAAAGCAUACUGGUAUAAAUUACUCAAGCCGUGUUCAAGUCACAACUGAGUUUUGACACCCUUGACCUUGCCUUGGAAAAUUGUUGUUGCCACACAAUUUGUAGUAAAUACUAAUUUUUGUAGAAUUAA